AUGUUAGCCUGCCUUGUCGAACCAGAUUGCUCCUCGGAGACAUUUGAUGCCGAUCCAGAUAUUGCUGGAAUUGGAGUAAUUGCGGCCUUUUUAAUUUCCGCAUGGUCUAGUCUUUUGAUUACGAGUGUCGAAUAUUCAUCUCGACACGCGGACGUUUUCAGCCCAUAUUCAGGAUAUGCCGUGCGACUAGAUGAUCUAUUGAGGAGUUAUAUUAGACGGUUUACAAGGCCCAUAAAGAAACCGUGGACUCUUCAAUCUAUACAACCAGUUGUGUUAGCGGCCAGUGACCAGCAAUUAGUCACAGGCUUGGCGAUAAUGGCAGCAGGCUACAUUCAACAUUGUACUAUUACGCAGUACCAUUUCGAUAUAGUCGCCUCCUUGGGUGGUAUUGCGUUCAACGUCUACCAACCUGCUCUGUAUGCUCUUGAUGGAUACACCAACAGAGAUCCUCAAAUGAAGCUAUGCAGAACGAUUCUGAUGACGAUCCUAUUUGGUAUGAUCAUCCCAAGCAUUUUUGCAGUGUUCAAUGUCAACUUCCUGGAGCUGUAUGGAGCGUCUACCCAGUGUAUUUGGGACAAUCUAAUUGAUUCUCACCAUGACACGACUUCGGACGUUCUACUCAGCUUCAACUUAAUUGUCACUGUUUGGGCCUAUAUCGAGAGCAUGAGAUGUCUAUAUCCAACUAUCUUCCGAAGGAUUCCACGCAUUUCAAAUUUUAUAUUAACGUGCUUUGAGGGGAUGUUACAUUGGAUCGAUAAAAAAUCAUCGCAAUAUGUGCAAACUGCUAAUUCGACAUAUCAAUUAUAUACGGAAACCCAAUCCAUAAAGGCAUUCGUUACUCUUUCUUAUCAUUGGGCCAUGUAUACUAUCGUGACCAUUAUAGUCCGGCCAAUCUUUUGGGUCAUAUUUAUUCUGGUCUUUACCUUCCAGGAAAUUAUAAGGUCACAUUUCAUUGAUAUUUGGAGAGCUUACACAGUGACCUUAGCGUUGAUAAUUGAAGUCAUAUCUAUCAAACAGGAUGCAGUCUCUUCUGAAGUCAUAAAUGGCAGCGAAAAUAAAUGGGGUUUCGGCCAGAUACUUCCGCUAUUACUUUUAGUUCUCCCAGUGAUGUCAACAUGGGAAGUAUUCUGA